GUGGUAGAGGACGCACAGACAUUUCAAACCUGUGAUCACGAUAGGUGAUGAGGAACUAAUCUGGGGAUUUGUCCAACUCAAAGGAUUUAUUCAACUUGAAACAAAGAAAUAAGAUAUUUGGGUCUUUUCCCAUUAAAAUAAAAUUCGCCAUCGUCGUUGGUUAACAUUUUAGUAUGCAUAUAAGAGAAGCCACAAUCUCAGGAGGUUUCAAAGGUCAGGAAUUGCAUGGAAGCUUUGGAUAUGAAUUCACCCUUACUUACAAAAGGGGGGAAAAACAAGGAGACAUUAAGUGAACGAAUUGAGGAAACCCUCAGUUUGAGUUGAAGCAAAUGGGAAUGUGUCACUUGAGUUGAUCCUACCACCACCCUCCAAUAGGAAGGACCCUGUGACAAUGCUGGCCAAGCCCCCAGAAAAAUUUAAAGCACAACUUCCCACAGCAGCCCGGCUAACCAGAGCAUCAUGUCCCAGCGAGAAGCAUCCCUGCUGGAGUUCAACCAAAAAGGGAGUGAGGAUGGGGCCUACCUUCAGUCCGGACAACAACUCCGUUGGGCCGCAUUGCUCAUCCUUCUAGUCAUUAUUCCCACCAUUGGUGGAAACAUCCUGGUCAUUCUGGCAGUGUCAUUGGAGAGGAAACUCCAGAACGCCACUAACUUCUUCCUGAUGUCUCUGGCAGUGGCAGAUCUACUGGUGGGAGUGCUAGUAAUGCCAAUCGCACUGGUGACUGUGCUUUUCUACUCCAGAUGGCCCCUUCCAGAUUUCCUGUGCCCUAUCUGGCUGUUUCUGGAUGUCUUGUUCUCAACAGCCUCCAUCAUGCACCUGUGCGCUAUCUCCCUCGACCGCUACAUAGCAAUUAAGAAACCCAUCCAGCACAGCCAGUUCAAGUCUAGAGCCAAAGCACUGGCUAAAAUCGCACUUGUCUGGCUGAUCUCUGUAGGUAUUGCAAUACCCAUUCCAAUCAAAGGGCUACAACUCUUGGAUCAUCCAAACAACAUCACUUUCAACAACAACCACACCUGUUUGUUAUCCCCAGAGGGUUUUGGGGAUUUUAAGGUGUUUGGAUCAUUGACGGCUUUCUUUAUACCCCUUGCAAUUAUGAUGAUUAUUUACCUGCUGACUAUCCAAGUAUUGCGCAAGAAGGCCUACCAUUUAAGAUCAAGAGCUUCAAGGCCCACCAUCUCUACAGUGUUCCAGCACGAAUUGCCAGUGACAUCUCCACCUGAGGAUUUGGUCAUUCAAAAUGGAAUUAAAAGGGACAAAACGUUGAACCCUUUUAGCCCCAUCACAGAGGAUGAGGCCCCAAUCCGUAGAAUGUCCACCAUAGGAAAAAGGUCCAUGCAAAACUUGAGCAAUGAACAAAGGGCAUCAAAAGUCCUGGGGAUUGUAUUUAUGUUAUUCGUUGUGAUGUGGUGUCCUUUCUUUAUUACUAACGUCACUUCUGUACUCUGUGAAGGGUGCAACAGUCAUCUAGUGGAACAGUUGUUGGAUAUCUUUCAAUGGGUAGGCUAUGUUUCGUCGGGCAUCAACCCGCUGGUUUACACCUUGUUCAACAGGACAUUCCGGGAAGCCUUUACACGCUACAUAACAUGUAACUAUAACCGUGUGAGUACUCCAAAAUUGCAGCGAAGGACCAGAAUUUCUUUUCGGUCAUCUGUUGCAGAAAACUCUAAACGGUUUAUGAAACAUGGCAUGAAGAAUGGGAUUAGCCCUGUAAGUUAUCAGAGUCCUCUUCGGCGUCACCCAACGCACUUGCAGUCUUUGGCCAACAUUACGUUGGACACAUUGCUUUUGACAGAGAAUGAAGACUGCAAGCCUGAUGAAAACACAAGCUACGUGUAGCAUGUUUCAUAUAUUGUGGACAAGAACUCUUUGAAAUGGCAAGCAAUUCAAGCUAGCGCCACACUAGCAGACUCAAAACAACUAGAUUUUAGCCAAGUGUCACACAUGCAGACUGUUUUGCGGCGAUCUCGCACUCUUCAGAGGUAUGACACACUUGCCGAUACGAAAUAGUGAAGUGGUGAAAAAAAUACCAAUUCACCGCAACUCUGUCUCUGAUUCACUGUCAAGUGGAGCUUGCCGAAAUAACAACAGGAAUAUCGCUUGAGCUUAAACAAUUGUAAUGAUUGGGCGAUUUAGGGCAUUUUCAUACAUGUAGCUUGCUCGAUUUGUUCUGAAACAUGGGCUAAAAUAGUUACAAUGUUGCAUUUUUUUCAUUUAGAAGAUUUAGCUCAUACAUCGAUAUACUAGUUAAAAUGUAUAACUAAAAUGUAUUUCAGUACCAAGUCGAUCCUAAAAUAAAAAAGUUGUAACGAUACCAGUGUUUCCACAGUACCGAGCACUGACUCAAUCCGUUACAGCAUGCAGUAUAAAUGACAAAUAACAGGUUUAAAAUACACAUUUUGAGCAUGUGCUCCAUUUCUCCUUACAUUGAAAUGGACAAUAAAUCGAAUUAAAAUCGAAUCCUAGUGUGAUUUAUUAAACCGCUAAAGGCUGCAAUCUUAGUGUGGAAGAGCUGCAUACUUUGAAUGAUGCAUAAAUCCGACCGCUCAUACAUAUUCAAAAUCAUUUCACAACAUGUUGUAUCGGAUGACAGAGUAGAGCACUAAACUACUGUGAACCACGCAGCACAUGUAAACUAUAAAAUGUAUAUAAUUAAAUUACAGCAUUUGCGCUUUAAUCUCAACUCAACUUUAUUUAUACAGCAUUUAAAAAAUCAUAGUUGACCAAAGUGCUUCACGGUAAUAACUUCAAAAAAUUACAACAUACACAAACAACAGUAAUCUAAAACACAAUAUACAAACACUCCAAAACUGUGUGCUACGUUUCAUUUGUCAGACUCAAAGGGUAAAGAGAUUGUGAGAUGUGACUUGUGUCGCAAUCUGUUAAUCUGGAAAGUGAAGAUUCAAACAAAAAUAUUAUAAAUGUAUUGCGAAAUGUAAUAUUCACUGUAAUGAUAAUAAUAAUAAUAAUAAUAAUAAUGAUGAUGAAGCUAUAUCUCACAUCAAGACUGCUGUUGAAUAAAAGUUUGGCAAAAAAACAUUUUAAUGAUGAAAUGUUGAAAAGUUCUGUUUUCACAUGUUACAAGAUUUAAGAAUGAAUUGAUAAGACAUGAAAUUAAACAAACAUGGAUGGAGUCCUGGAAAAUAAUAAAAAAAGGAAAACAUGAUUUGGUAAAGAAAAACAUUUAAAAAAAAGAUUAUUAGGACGCUACUUAAAAACACUUAAGCAAUGCAUCCCUGAUUGAUAAGCACUUGAAGGAAAAAUGCAUUAUUUUAAGUUCUUAUUUACAUUGAAAAGUAACUUUUUAAAUAGGCUAAAGAGGUGUAUUCAAUAGCACAUUGUCAUAUUAGCAUAUGUAUGCCGUGGUACCGAAAUUGGUAUCGAGAACUGUGAAAUUUCACUGGUAUUGCCACAGACUACUGAAAUUUUGGUACCGUGACAACACUAGUACAAAUAUCUUACUACUGGUUAAGUCGUGGUUUCGUAAAACGUCGCUGCUUGGUACAGAACGCAUGUCAGUCAGAGGUUGCACUGCAAAUAAACAUUAUCUGACACACAAAUUAAUGAGUUGUAAAAUUUCCAUUGUGGUUUUAUCCAUCAUUUUUGCAGAUAAAACUCCCUGUUCUCACAGUUACAGAGCUUUCUCGCUCUCUCUCCCUCUAACUCCUGCACACAAACACACAUCCGCACGGAAAAAGUGAAGACAUGUUUAUUUGUCAAAAAGUUGCUGGUGCCAUGUCUGUUCUGCAGUUAUCCAAAAGAGAGAAGCGAUCAUGCUAAAAUGACCUCAGGAAUUGAUAAAUGACUCGCAUUUUAAUAUAGUCACUAAAAAGGCUAUAUCUCCAUUUUGAUGAAUUACAGUGAUGAGCUGACCAACAGAUUUCUUUACAGCAGAUGUUCAUGGUUUUCAUAGGGAUAUUGUUUGGUUCAUUGGUCCAUUGGGUAGGAUUGCAUGCUCACCACAAGCGAACCGCUCAAGAUUUAGUUUGUAAUCAGUCUGAGACUGAUGGUUUUGGUGCAUAUCUGAGUGCGAUUGCCAUGCUUAUCAAUGACUAUACGAACCAAUGGAGAAAACGCACCAGGUUCCGAACCAAAUGCUUCAAAGGAGUCAGAUGUGAAAACACCCUUAGGAAGUGAUUCAUGGACUAACUUUACCUUGUGAAAGUGUGUGAGAUUUUAUGCAUCCACUCGAGGCUUGCAGUAGAAUGCAUAGGUCCAUACGCAGCUUUCAGUGAGUAAAGAAAUUGCAUUCAAUAAAAGAGUUUGUGAUAUGCAGCUGAGUGUGAUCACAGAUGAAAACGUUCAGAUCAGCUUGACGUCUUGUUAGUUCUUCAGUAAAAGAAGCUCAUUGGUCACUUGACGAGAACACAAGAGACUGGUGUCAAAGAUUUUUGUUAAGCAAACCAUGCGUUUUAGUUUUUUUUUUUUUUUUACAGUUUUUGAAUUAACUCAGCAGAGAGCCGCGAAGCGAUUAACAAUCUGCAAACUUAGAAACACUAAUGCACACUUUGCGUCACUCUACCUGGCCGACGAUUAUGUUAAUGAAGCUCACACCUAAAAAUCACUGGAAAAUUUGGCUAGUGUGGCGCCGGCUUCAGAUGGAGAUGUGCCUUUCUGAUAAUCCACCAGAGCAAAAAAGCCCUAAAGUUAACCAUUGAUAUGUGGCCAAAAAGGAGUGUAAUGAGGUCAUGCAUUUCUUCUUCAUUGCAGCUCCAUACUGGCGCUUUAGGCUGGGGUAUGGAAUGGCAUACAAGAAGGAUGCCUAAGAACCCAGACAAAGACAAAUUUUGGGGUGUGAAAAAUAAAGCCUGUAAUGAACACAUUUGUACUUAUGGGUAGGACAGGACCAUGUUUGCACACGUAACCCCAAAAUGCUGGACAAAGGGUACACAAUACUGUGUCAAAACAAAACUCCUAAUGCAAGAUAAGCACAAGUAGCUCAAAUAAAUCACACUCCACUUUCUGUACUUUAUGCACAAAAAA